AUAUAUAUAUAUGAAAAUAUCUGCCAGACACAUGGUGUUUUCUGAUCUGUCUAUUUAUAUUGAUCAGGAUAGGUAAGUGAAAGGAGACAAAAGAGGCUAAAUGGAGCUUUGUGAACUAGUUGUAGUUGCAAUGCGUGACUAGACUAGACUAGAGGGGAAAGUACGCAUGCUUUCAUUUCUUCAAACUGCUCAUGUUUAAAGAACAUGUGUUUCAAAUUUGGACUAUUCCCUAUUUAGUUGUCACUUCCUGGUACCCGUUUUAUCGUUUUUAUUAUUAUUAUUAUUAUUAUUAUUAUUAUUUUUUUUUUUUAUGUAAACAAAAAGACAAAAGCUCUCGACGGUCUCACUUCGAUCGUGUGUUGUAGAUAAUGUCAGUUUUAAAACGUGCCGUUUUUAUUCUGCAUUUUACACUUGAGAAAAUUAGACUCAUGAGCAUGGUGUUACGGGCAGAAAUGUCAGCGCUGUUGAGGCUCUGUGUUCGUUAGUUCUCAACGUUUUCAUGUUGUACCCAAUGGAGAGGUGUUUCAAUGCUGCAAUCCUCGUCUCACACCUUUUCACCCGUUUCUAUGUUCAGUGAAAGCGCAAAAUCGGAAGAAAAACUUGUAGUAGGAGGCCUGAUGUAUAACAUGUAAAUUCGAAUCCCGCCUUCGCCCUGUAUGUAUGUUCUCCCUGUGCUUCUGGGGUUUCCGCGGGGUACUCCAGUUUCCUCCUGCAGUCCAAUGACGUGUGUGUGUGAUUUCCAAAUUGUCCAUAGUAUGUGUGAAUUUGUGUGUGAUUGUAGCCUGCGAUGGCUUGGCAUCCCUCCACAGUGUCCCCCACCUUGUGCCCUGAGUUCCCUAAGAUAAGCUCCAGGGUCCCCCAUGACUCAGUGUAGGAUAACCGGUAUGGAAAAUGGGUUGAUAGAUGGAUUUAAUAUGUGUUUAACUAGUUAGCCAUAGACGCUACAGUAUAAUGUAGCUACUACAACGUAUAUGCUUUGCUGUAGCCCACAAGAGAGCCAAUGGAAAGAGAGCUUAAGUUAUCGACUUCCACUUUCUAAAUUCAUCUGGAUUCCUUUUCUUUUCUUCUCUUGCUUUUUCAAAUUCCACUCCUGUAGAUAUUAUGUAUAAUACCUAUUAAACCAUGCAUAUUUAGGGCAGCAAGGGCAGUCCUGUGUCCUGAGGCAGACUGGCAGAGAGCAAGCAGGUAAUGAGUGCGUGGUUACACCUGGGUGUACAAUACCAGAGAGACAGUGAUGGUGCUUCCCUACAGUAUAUAGCCAGAAGUAUGUGGACCACUAAUCAUCACAACCAUACAGUAUGUGCAGAUUCCAAAACCAUGGGCGUUAACACAGAGAUGGUCCCCCUUGCUGUUAUUACUUCUGAGAAGGUUUAACACUAGAUUCAGCCACAAGAGCAUUAGUGAGGUUGGGCACAGGUAACGAAUGAGAAGGACUGGUGUGCAGUCAGUGUUCCAGUUCAUCCCAAAAUGGAUGCGAGUGGGGUUGAGUUUAGGGGUCAAACCGUGUCUUUAUGGACCUUGCUUUGUGCACAGGUGCACUGUCAUGCUGGAAAAUGUGUGUGCCUUUAAGUUUCACUGAAGGUAAAUCUUAAUGCUACAGCAUACACAGACAUCCUAUGCAAUUGUGUGCUUACAACGUUGGGGCAAUAGUUUGGGGAAGACCAACAUAUGGGUGUGGUAUCCACAUACCUUUGGACCUAAAGCGUAAAUCACACAAUGUUGAUCAGUAUGAUGCUAUCUGUGUAUUUAUCAGUGGUUUCAUUUAAGUGAAGUCAUUUAUGUUGGGACAAACUGGGCUGAAGUAUACAGUCCUUGAAGUAAUAAAAGCGUUCAGUUCUUCUUUCUCGUUAAAGCCUGCCUCCAGAUUCCUCACACAAUAAGUAGGUUAUUAAAUGGAAUGUCUGACCGAGUGGAAUUUGAAACUAGUGAUGGUGAGGCAAUGCUUCAUGAAGCAUGGAGGCUUUCCAGCUGUGCUGAAAAAUGCUUAAUUCCUUGAGGCUUCAAAGUGCCCACUCAAGGACUCGUGUGGUAAAAAAAAGGCUAUGUAGCAUGUAAAAACCUGUUCAGAUGACCAUAUACCGUGUGUAAAAUGUGUCAAAUCUGAAUGGCUGAUGUAAGUCAUAUUCAUGAAAGUAUUCUGUCAUAGCCUUGACAUGAAUUUUAAAUAAUAUUGAGCUUGUAAUGCUAUUAGAUGCACUUCAGUUGGUUGCUGUAAUAAAUAAAUCUACAAAAGACGCUCGGUAGUUUGAUUCACCUAUAAAGUGUUUCAUUAAACGGUAUUGGAGAUGGUCAGAGUAUAGACUAGUAGAAACAACCUGCCAAAACUGGACCUUUCUCAAAGAAAUGCCUAAGUGAGGCUUCAAGACCUCGAUGGUGACGCCAUUAGAGGAAAACAACACAAGCAUCAAUGCAGAGCUUCAUUGGUGCUUCAUUUCCAGAUGUUCCUGGAAACAUCCUUCCUUCUCCACACACAUUUUGAAGCUGAGGUACCAAGUAUAAAAUCUCUAUUUGAAAUAGUAGAUCUUUAAAGUGCAUCAUGGUGAUGCAGUGCUGCUUCAGAGUUCCACAGUCUUGCGUUCGCGCCUGAGUUUGGAUCCGUGUGGAGUUUUGUGUGCUUGAAUGGGCUUCAUCCUGGUUCUCCAGUUUCCUCCUACUAGGUCAUGCAGGUAAGCAGAUUAGUAAUGCUAAAUUGUAAAUAAACUUAUAAGCCUCUGGAAAUGUGUCCAUGAAGUUGUGCUCUUUUUUUUUUUUUUUUUAAGUAUACCCUUUAAAGAAUGGGUUUAUUUUUUACUCGAGCUAUUCCCUCAUUCCAAAGUCAUCAGCAACUGGUUCAGAGAGUGUACAGAACUGUAAAUUUGUUUUGGGGUUCUUUUUGAGACAAAUCUUAAGGUGCUGCAGUGUACUCAUAAGGGAAGGAGCUUUGUUGCUCACCGACAUGUAUUGUAAAAAUGCCUUUGAGACACCUCCUCAUAUAUUCCAUAUAGGAAUCACCGAAUUAUAGUCAGAUCCAUUCCUGAAUCAACAGCCAGACAUCAUGAAAGCACAUAUAUAAUCAGAAGAUUCAGCAGAAUGGGUUAACACGGCAAAUGAUACACAGGAACUACAAACUAGGACAAACCGCGGGCCUAGAACACAGACAUGAGGCUCACAGCUAACUGGCAAGACAACACCUACACGCACUACACUGACAGUGAAACUUAUUAUGAGGAACAAGAGCAAACCACGAUCAGAGGGCGUGCACUUGCUCCACUAGCAAACAUGACACAGGAAGUAACUAUAACCAAAAGGGUAAAAAAUAACUCAUUUAAGUCAAGUCAUUAGCUACAUGACUUCCUGUGAGCUAUUUGAGCAGAGCUUGAUGCGAGAUGGUUUGACACCACAUCACAAGUCUUUGCAUGAGCCAGAAGCAGCUACCCCACGAGCACACGAUGAUGUAGAUCACUGCGGUAGGUAAUUCAUCAUGGAACAGAACACAUCUUUGACCAUCAACCCUGAGACCAUCAACCCUGAGGGCUAUCUCCCUCCAGUAUUCAAAAUCGUCAGCCUAGUGUUCUACAGCAUCAUAUUCUCUGUAGGCUUGGUGGUCAAUCUCACAGCCAUCUGGGUCUUCGCUCUGACUACAAAAAGAAGGAGUUCUGUCACCAUUUACAUGAUCAAUGUGGCUGUGGUGGACCUCAUCUUCAUUCUCCUGCUUCCAUUCAGAAUGGCCUACUACAGUGGGGAUUAUUGGCCUUUUGGCGAUAUGUUCUGCAGAAUCAAUGCAGCACUAACCGUACUCUAUCCAUGUCUGGCUCUCUGGCUCUUUGCUCUCAUUAGUGCUGACCGCUACGUAGCCAUAGUUCAGCCACGGCAUAGCAAAGAGCUAAAGAACGUACACAAGGCCUUGCUGUCGUGUGUGGGAAUUUGGGUCAUGACCCUUGGUGGAGCAGCAUCACUUCUUUUCCUGGAGGAAGAUCCAGACCAAUUCUCAAACCACACCACCUGCCUGAAGAUGCAUGACAUUGUCUACCUGCGCCGUGACAACUCUGUCCACUUUGCUCGUCUGGCUUUCUUCUUCUUAGUGCCAAUGCUUAUCAUGGUGGGCUGUUACAUCAGCAUUGUGGACAAUCUGAUCCACGGGCGCACAUCCAAGCUCAAGCCCAACGUAAAGCAGAAAUCCAUCCGUAUCAUCAUCACGCUCAUCACGCAGGUGCUGGUGUGCUUUGUUCCCUUCCAUGUCUGCUUUGUGCUCCUGCUUUUUGAGAAUAUCGGCCAUGACUACAGCACCUGGGGUGCGUUCACAACCUUCCUAAUGAACAUGAGUACAGUGUUGGACAUUAUACUGUACUACAUAGUUUCUAAGCAGUUUCAGGACCGAGUGAUCAGUGUGAUCCUCUACAGGAACUAUCUGAGAAGUGUGCGAAGAAAGAGUCGUCAUACCGGAAGUGUACGCUCUCUCAGUAACCUUACCAGUGCCAUGAUCUGAUGAAUCUGACAUGGUUUGAACACAUGAAAGAAAAGUAUUUUAAAUAUGAGAGGACUGCGAGCUAGUCUCGAAAGAAAAGAGGAACAUACUGAAGCUUGGACACUUUCACUUUCAUUCACUGCAUUAGUUUAGUACUUUUCUAAGCGAGAGCUAUCUUUAUCUUUAUCUCGUGAGCAUGUUAUGCAAAUGUUUUUGCUUUCAGUUGACUCAGAAAGUGAAGUAAAGGUGAAGAACGAGAAAUAUUAAUUAUCCCUCCUAGACCACUGCUUGAAAGAAUAAUAAUAAUAAAAAAAUCGUUAAACGCCCCAAAAUGUAUAAAAUACACAGUCUAUGUAAUGCAGAAUGUUUGUGUAUGUUUUCUUUAUGGAUUGUAUGUUGUCUUCAGGGUUAAAUGGGAAAUCCACACAUUUCCGGGGGGAAAGUACAUUGUUAUAUUGUCUUGUUGAGAAGUGAGAUGAGUGAUUCCGACUGCUUUGUUUAUAAAAUGGCUCCAUUCUACAGGGUGGACAAAUUGCUAUCCCAGGUUCAAGGUUGGGACAAGCAGAUUACUAUUGGUUUUUCAUUCACACUUACCCAGUGGACAAGCAGGUUCAGCAGGCUGUUGAUAAUAUAACAAUCAUCAGCAUUUUUUUUUCCUUCACUCAUCAUCAACAAAUGGAAAAUGGAAGAAAACUUUCUCAAAAGAAAACCACCCCAAUUACUUCAUUACUGUUUUACAAAUCUGCUGCACUGUGUAAACGAACCAAGGACGUGGUCUGGCUGUUGGGACUAUUUUUAUGCGCCAUAUUAAAUAGCUUGAAUGCAUGCUAGACAAUCUUUCCAGAAUCAGGAAUAAAAUGUGAUGUGUAAACAGUGAAUAAAUACAUUACAGUACUGUAACUGUAACGCCGGCACUACAUGCAGUCACCUCACAUUUAUACACUUCAUCGAGUGAAAAUGAAGGUGCUAGUUAGCGUCAGAUACAAUCUAAACUCAGUCAAAACAUUAGCCGAGGAUUGUCUGCCAUUUCUGGAGUUUAUCAAGGGUGCACAUGGACAUUUUCAGGAUAUGAUAAAGAUAUGGACCCAAAAGAACCCGUGUCACACCCCUCUUCAUCUCUCUCCACUGGCUCGCCCGUAUCAAAUUCAAGGCCUUGAUGCUCACCUACAAGACCUUGUCUGGAACAGCGCCCCCUACCUCAACUCUCUCCUGAAGGCUUACGUUCCCUCACGCAAUCUGUGAUCGGUUAACGACCGACACUUAGUCGUACCUACUCAGUGUGACUCAAGAUCCCUUUCCAGAACCUUCACACUAACAGUCCCUCAGUGGUGGAAUGAACUUCUGACCUCAAUCCGGACCACAGAAUCUGUCUCCAUCUUCAGAAAACAGCUAAAGACCCACCUCUUCCGUGAGCACGUAACAAACCCCUAAAACACCAACCCCCACAUUAUUUAUUUAUAAAUAAAUAAAUAAAUACAUACAUACAAACCUCCCCUGGCUCUUACACCUCGACUCUGUGCACUUUGCUUCUCUAGAACUCAAAGAAAAGACCUUGUACGGUAGCACGACUUGUAUUGUUCUCCGCUCGAUAUAUCGCUUUGCUCGUAUUUCCUCAUUUGUAAGUCGCCUCGGAUAAAAGCGUCCGCUAAACGAAUAAAUGUAAAUUUAUAAAUGAGUGUAGUUACGUAAGGUCACCCUUCCCAUGGAGUCGAGUAUUGAAGUGCUUAUUUUCCUUAGUCUCUAUUAAUGUACACAUUUAGCCUGUCAAACUUUAUUAGUCACAUUAGUUGCCACUUUUUUAGCCUGGUCUGUGCAAGCAUACCAUGGAACUGGGCAAGCACACUGACUAAUUUAAGACUUGAUCCCUGAUUCUGGAAAUGUAUCUCACCAUGAUGGAACUGUCCACAUUAAGCACCCGGUAUGUGUAUAGCUUCUAUACGCUAGCUCACAGAAAGGUAUUGCACAAAAUGUUCACAAAUAUAUUGACUGUUUUCAAAUAGUGCAAUUAUAAGGUAAUAACUUACAACAAAUUUCUUUAAUCUAGGACUGUGGACUAUGACUUCUGUGUUGUUGUUGUUGUUGUUGUUGU